AUGAAGUUUUGGCUUCGCGCGGAAUCAAAACCGCACGAGGAACGAACGCCGCUUACACCAUCGACGUGUGAACAGUUGCUUGGUGCUGGUAAGAUUAUCGUUGUAUAUUGUAGCUUAGCUUUUGAAACGAAUGUUGUCUGGUACUUCGGUGUGAUUGGUAUUGUUGUUGUUUCCUACACGGUUGAUUGUGUAAUCCUAAUCAUUAAAGCGUAAACGAGUAAUUUGACUAACUACGAAGGAAAAAGUUUAGUUUUAUGAAUGAAACCACCACUCAAAGCGGCUUUGUGAGGUGGAACACGGCUUGGUGUGGUAGUUUCAGUUUAAGAAAACUUCUUCCAUCAUGAUUAGUCAAAUUACUCGUUCACGCUUUAAUGAUUAGGAUUCCACAAACAAAAGGGGACGUGUAGGAAACAACAACGAUUAGAAACCACUAUCGACGAGCAUUGAAGCGGAUUUUGAUUAUUAAAUAGCAUUUAUCGAGCUUCAAUAUCUUAAGUUCUUAACGCGUUUCUAACAUUUAACCUUUGUUAGGAAAACCGAGGUCACAGUCUUAACAUUAUUAGAAAACCCGCGUUCCGCGAUUUUGGAAUUUCGAGAAAGUUAUAAAGCUUACGUUGCGCACGACUGAAACAUUAAUUUUCUAAUCUACUGAUCGCUUAUAAGGCCUUCAUGUUAGGAAUUAGUCAAUAGAAUUUAGGUAUAAACAAAUAUUUCCUUUUGAGCUGCUUUCACUUAAGGCCAGUAGAUAAUGCGUGGGAGAAUUCGAGACAGUUAUGCAAACCUCAGAUUGUUGGGUAUCUAGAAAACGAUGACCUAAAAAAUGAAGACCUAGAAAAUGAAGGCCUAGAAAACGAAGACCUAGAAAACGAAGACCUAGAAAAUGAUGACCUAGAAAAUGAUGACCUGGAAAAUGAUAUGACCCAGAAAACAAAGACCUAGAAAACGAUGACCUAGAAAAUGAUGACCUGGAAAACAAUGACCUAGAAAACCUAGAAUUGCAGGGGAGGACAGGGAUGGGGUGGCUGGAGGAGUACUGAAAGCAGGAAAUGAAAGGAUGGUAGGAGGGAAUUAUGAAAGGUUGGGAGACAGGAGAAUAAGGAAAAUUACAGAAAAAUAGUAAACAUUAUUUGAAUAAACAGCUAAAGGUAUGAAACCAACAAAUGAAAUGGUGGAAAUUGGAAUGCUAGGUACUUGAGGUCUCACUCCCCUCUAAAAUUCGCAAGGGUAGUGGCCAAUAAGUGGUUACUCAUUGUGGUUAAAAGUAUAAUGGUUUUUUUUUCUUGAGCAAUCACGGAAAGUGUUAACAAAAAGAGUCCGCAGAACGAAGUAUUUCUAAAAGUCUAGUGUUUGUAGUGGUAUUAAAAGCCUCAAUUAUAAAGAAAAUUCUCACACUUAGGUAAAGAUGACUGAUUGAUUAAUGUAACUUUGUAAAGAUAGUAGGAAGACAGGGUUUUUGUGAAGAUUUGAAGUAGCUGGGACAAAUGUGUCAAUAGCAGGGGCUAAAGAUGGUGGCAGAGCCACCAUCUUUGCAUGCAGUGCCAAGUCGGGGUAGAAUUUUAGAAUUUUUAAGGCCCCAGGAUGCAUUUUGGGCCAUUUCUGGCAAAUUUGGCUUUCUGUUUUAGCUCCUUUAAAUAAGGUAUUUGCUGCUUAAAAACAUAAAAAUACAAUUCUUGUUAUUCGGUUUCUGUUUUAACAACAGGGAAUAAAAUUAUAAAUAUCUAUAAGCACCGCGUGAUAAAAUGGCCGGGACGAGAACUGAAAUAGCCGAGUAAAGGUCCUGGUGUCCCGGGUCUAACAAAAACCCUGGGAAGACCUACAUUGAUUGUUCCAGGGGUUUCAAUAAGCACCGACGGCCGACGAAACGUGUCGGCUACUUUGCUCAUAGAGGUUCGCUACUUUUUUCUAGAAAGAAGAAGCAACUAGUUUGAAUAACAUUGUAAACAAAAAAUAUAUCAUAAAAUCUGAAUGAAAACGUAAUAAUAUUAUGAUGAGUUUUCUUAUAGGCCCACUGGUUUUACAUUAAGCUUUAGUCAUGUGAAUGCUAUAUUUUGUCAUUUUUUCAUAAGUUUCAUUAUAGGUUUACACGGAAAAAGUAUGUAAUUCCCCUCAAAAAUCAGAAGAUAAGCAACAACACAGGGAAGGGGGGAUGGGAAACCUGAUCCGUCCACCAUUUUGUUUUUUUGCAGCACAGUCAAAGCAGCCUCCAUUUUUUGAUUAGGCAUUGCCCUCACAGGCAACCCAAUAAUAAUUUGCUGAAGUAUUAUCCUGUCCAAAGGACAAGUAGGAUUGAUAACAUGUAUGUACCACUUGUCUGGAGCAAGCCUGAUCAGUGUUUUUGUAGCAAGCAAGCUUGUUUUCCUCUUUUUCAGGUCAUCAGGUAUUUGUGGAAAAGUCAAAGGACAGAGUAUAUAAGGAAAGUGACUAUGAAAGGUGAGCAUUAAAGACCCUUAUCCAUAAGAACCACUUUAAAAAAAUGUUAAUGACGCUGGAAUGUUUCAUUGAGAAUUUGCAGUGGUUAAUUACGAGUAGUUACUCUUGACCAUUGUACUUACAUUUUGUAAGGCUAAAGCAAAGUUUGGUAAUGUUUGGUAUCAAGAUUUUCUUAAACUUCAGUGAAAAAGAAGAAAUUCAUGUAAGAAGCAAUUUGAUAGGUCAAAAGCGAGGUUUGAUUUUCACAUACCAAGGUUGAUGGAGCAGGGAUCAUUUCAAUAAUGGUAAUAUUAAUUGAUGCUGUGUAAGUGCCUCCUUUAUCCAGACAGGUAGCAUUCCUUAUGAUUUUCGGAAAUCUUUAUCAAUUUUUUUUCUGUGCUUUUCAAUGUGCUGUUUAUUUUUAUACUUCCAAAAGGAGGCUGUAGCUUUCCUUUUUACCCUGGUCUCCCAAUGCUUUAGGUGGGGUAGGGCUCGGAGGAAAUACAUGUACUGGUAAACUAGCUUGUUUUCCUCUUGCCUAAAUGAAAGCAAAAUGUUGCUUUCAUAUUCAGAAAACCAUGUAUACCUGAAAUGUUUAUGAAUGUUUGUUGCGUUUUGACCAGUCUCAAACAAAAAUCUGGACUUUUGCGAGCAAGCCACAAAAUCACAAACUAAUAUUAGUACAUAUUAAACCGUUGUGUCUGGCAGUUCAGUAUUCUAACACCUGACUGGCUUCUGAGUUUCACUAACAGUAAAUGUUAUGGUGUUUGUUUAACUACAUAUAAGUAUACUAUUAAUUGAAUUUUUCCUUCGUCAGGAUUGGCUGUAAAAUUGUUGAUGAGGCAAGCUGGCCUAAUGCACCUUUGGAUGCCUUUAUUGUGGGAAUCAAAGAGCUUCCAGAUGAAGAUCGCCCCCUUCAGCAUCGUCACAUUUACUUUGGUCAUGCUUAUAAGGUGAGAAACAUAGCACAGCACAAAACCUUGGCUUCCAAACAGUUUCACAUUUUUGAUUACAAAACUUUGCUUCCUCCUUCCCAACAACUUAAUAAAUCAACGUGUGUUUUGAAUAUAAAAAGUGAGAUAAAAAAAGAGGAUAAUUUUUCCAUCUGCCUCGCACAUUUUUUUUCCUCAGUGAUGCAUGCGGAAUAAAUGGUUUUCCUCUUUGCUAUAGUAACACAAUGUAGAGAAAGCAAAAUGUCAAGGUUAAUAAUCCUUUCACUUUCAAGAAUGUCAAAUAAUUAAGAUAAUAUGAAGGAAGUUUUGGUAAAGCUCAGCCACACUGGCCACACUGGUAAAGCUCAGGAGAGGGUUUCAUGGAAUUGUCACACCAUAGGAUUUUGUCUAGCGACUAAAAAACUACAAGUUUUUACAAAACAAAACAUUAACUCACGGUUUUCAGUAAGAAUUUUAGUAGCAGGAGAAAGGUGUUGUUACAGGAGAAUAUUUGGAAAGAGUCUCCACGUCUGAAUAAUAAUAUUGUAGGCCACCAAACACUUGCUGAAGAAUUCUGCCUAGUUAACAGAGAAUUCUCCGAUCUCCAAUGCCUAAUGAACAUCCUUUUAACAGCAGCAGAGGAUGUGAAAGUGCUGCUAAUGAAGUUUCUUUGAUAACUGACACUGAAAGUGAAAGGAUUGAAGAUCGUUCUUGUCAGCUUAAUUUUUGUGAGAUUAUUUUCUGGGUGACAAGGUUAAAGGGAUGUGGACUUAGAAAUGAAAAUUUUGUACAGCCACCAAGGCUAAAUUCCGGCCACUUCUUAGGUCAAGUAUGUGGGGUUGCAAGGUUAGAAAAUGUGAAAUCCAUCUGGAGCACAUUAUACUGUAUAUUAGAUACUGACCCAUAGCAAGCUCUGUACUUACAUCAGUGAGUGGAUGAAGGCCAUUGCUAAACCCUUGUCUAGGGUGGGAGUGCACUGAGUAUCAAAUUUGCUGUUGUAAUUGCUUCCCCUGGGUGUGUCCAGAGGAUGUAGUGUUGUAAAAAGCAGUGGUGGAUCCAGGGGAAGGCCCCCCCAUUAUUUUUGGGCCAAACUGAAGCCUGAAAAGACAUAAAAAAUUUUGGGGGGCUGUGCAUCCCCCCUAAUCUCAGGGUCUGGAUGACCGACCCCCUUCCCUUGGUCUGAAACCGCCACUGAAAAGUUAUUUCUAUCAGCAAAUAGAUGGUGGAACUCUAUAUUUUCUCUUUUGUUAAUUGUCAGGAAGAAGAGAUGUGCUCGGGCUGCCUUGUUAAGGGGUGUUGUCUUUCUCAAACCUAUCCGACAUGUCAAAUUGAGAUGGAGGCUUAUCUUUUUUUUUAAGUGCCACAUUCAAAGUGGUGUCAAUAAGAGGCAGCUAUUUCUCAAAAAAAAUUUAAUUUUCAAUUUUCUGGUUAGCUGACGAAAGGCUGGUUUUAUGGCUGUAUAUCUCUCCACUUUAAAACAAUUUUUUUUUUUGGAAACUAGCCUGCUGCAAAGUAUGUCCUCCAAUUUAUUCCUUUGUCAGAAGAGGAAUAUCCUCAACAGCUAUCACAAAUGUGUUCUUGGAUAACAAACAGGAGAGGGAUCUUUUAUGUGCUUUUGAUCUUGGUGCAAAUUACCACAAAUUCAAUACCCUUGAAAAGGGCUACAGUGACCUUUUUCUUCACGUCUUUAUCAAAAUCUGAGAGAUUAAUUUUUAUAAAAGGUUUGUCGUCGUUAAGUGGUGUUCCCAUUCUGACAGAGGAAGUAAGAAGGAGUGGUCUAAAAGCUGGGUUAUUUGGAAGCCAAGGGUAUCUUCCUUUUUAUUAAUUUAUAUUUAUGUAACACAGGUCUUGACAAUCAAUUAUUUUAAGUUCUCUUUCUGAAUUUACCCAAAGAAGGCCACAGUUUUUACCGCUCUCUGGCUUGUGGGUAUCAUCAGCUUCCACAUGAUAUUAUAAGAACUGCUGCUCCUCGUAUCUCACAUUUGAUUUUUUAUGGUCCUCACAUAGUGUGAGUGUGGCUUAUCUUUGGGUAAAUAUGGUAAAUGAUUUUAGUGUUUUCCUAACCAUUGGUGUUUUCUUUCCAAGAAAUUGCUGCUAACAUUCUGCCGAUAGGGGACAGAGGUUAGACUGGACCCCAUCAAAAGUAACAUUUAUAGUAGUAUUGAUAAUCAGACAGAAUAGGAAGAUUCCAUUAAUUUUCUAAACAUUCUACCAGCUGUAUUAUUACUUCUUUUCAUAGAAAUGAUUUUCUUCAUUUGAAAAUUUACAAAAAUGUACUCUUUCAUUUCUGGCAUGUUGUUGGAAUUUAGAACAAAUAACUUCUCUGUCAAACUUAACUGCUGUAAUAUUUUUGAUAGUACAGUAUAAUAAUAUUAAAAUGCACUCUUGAGGUGCAGUAGCUUUGGUGAAUAAGCCAAUGCUUUUCUUUGGAUCAGUAACCCACUGUUGUAAUAAUUUUACUGUGUUUAUUUAAUGAUGCCGAACCAAGGUUUUAGCUGGAUGAAAACUGAGUUGUUCUGCUGAAUUUUGGAAGAAAGAAAUGAUUUUUGUUAUUUCCUGGUUUUUAGAACUGCUAUUGAGAUGGAUUCCCACUUUGUUAUAAUUUUCUGGAAAAAACCCUGUGCCUACACCUGUAGUCUUGUUGUUGUUAAUCCUUGUUAUCAUCAAAUACCGUCAAAAUGUAAUUAAUCUGUAGUCAAUCUAAGUUUGUUGAUGAUGAUGACAAUGCAGGCAAAGAGCUGAAUGCUACUUCUGGUGCUCAAUUUGCUAUGUUACCAUUGGUCUAUUGCUGGUUUUCAGUGUCUCGCCAUUCAAAAUAGAUCAAAAUAAAAAUCAAAACCAUUCAAUAGAUAAAGUCCAGAAUCUGGGAAAUGAAAGGAGGUACAUAUACAAAGACCCUCACCAAGAUUCAGGUCAGAGGAAUAUUUCUUAUACAAGAUAUCCGAAGAAAUGUUUUACCCAAACUUAUAGAGAUUUGUAUGGACAUGCCAUGCUGGUGCUCACCUGGAUGAGCUCCAACAUGGCGGACGGAAACCAACAGAAACGUCUGUUACUGAGUUUUGCUACAAAAGCGUGAAUUUAUUCUUCGAGAAACUCAUAAACAUUAAAGUAAUACUUUUUCUAAUACAUGAACUGUUUAGAUAGCAAAAUUUCCUGAAAUAAGGCAUUUUUUUAACCUACAUGACAGCUCUCUUGGCCGUCAUGUAACUGCCGCAUCAUGCAAAAGCUUAGAAGUGUACUCUAUCACAAAACCGAGAACCCUUUUGAAACGAAAAUUUGUAUGAAAAUUAGUUUUCAGCUGCUCUAAAGCAUCGUGAAAGUAAAAUCUCAGUAACAUCGAUAGUUUUUUAGUUUGAAUUUUAGUGACAUCAUGUGAAAACCAACAAUUCAGAGUUUGGAUCUGAGCAUGCUGUCACCACUGUUGUCACAUUGUCUUUGCUAAAUCUUUCUAAUAUUUUAGCUGUGAAGAAUGGUGUGCUGGAAUAGUUUUAUUUGUUGUUAGCAUUCCUUAUUAGUUUAAUUUUUAUUUUUACUAUACCAAUUUAUUGUUUUAUUCAAUUCUCGUUCAUUUUUAAACCAGUGGUCAAAUUAAAACCUAAACAAAAACAUGUCACACUUAGACAUUGAAGAAGCUGGAUGUGGUGCAAAUUAAUUAGACUAAUUAUUUUUUCUUUAAUUUAAGAACUUUCCAUGAUUAUUAUUAGGUAUAAUCUUUUAUACGAGUUUGCAAAUUUGGCAUCCACAUAUCAUACCCCAUGAAUAAUAGAAAUAGAGAAGUAUAUAAAUUUUAAAAUUGAAAUAAUGGUAAUUUUUUUUCUGUUUUGUAAAUUAAAAGAACUUUAGAAGCAUUCCUUUUAGUAUUUUGAUGUAAUCUAAACAUUUUUUCUGCAGUUAGAGCUUGUCAGUUAAACAACCAAGAAUGUGUCUAAUGUGUUCAACUAGCAGUAGCCUAAAUGCAAGAAAUCAUGUGCUUGCUUUUUAGGGGCAAGAAGGGUGGAGCAAGUUGUUGCAGAGGUUCCAUAGUGGAGAAGGGGAACUGCUAGAUGUCGAAUUUAUUGUGAAUGAGCAGGGUCAGUAUAAUAUUGUAACUCUCUACAGUCGAAAGUGGCCGUUGUAAAGAGAUGGCUGUUAUUGGGAGGUAGGGGUGUAAUAAGAACAAUUUUUUUAGGGACUACAACAUGUUUAUCGUGCUAAAUUUAUGCUGACUGUAUCCCAUAAUGGUAAUCCAAUCAUAAAUAAUAUAUAGAAAUAAAUACACAAAAAACUUGAAUAAUGUUUUGAAUCAAACUGUUAACGUGACAAAAUGAGCAAGACAAUUUAUGCUUACUGCAGCAGCAAAAAACAGAACACAAUCCUAGUAUGAUUGCUGCGAUUAAUCUUUAACGCACAGUAUGGAUCAAAUUUGAUGACCAUUCUUGACUUUUUCAUCAGUCGUGGAAAAAACUGGCCGUUGUGGAGAGGUUAUUUUGGCAGUUAAGGGGACGCACUUUAGUGGCCAUUGCUGAUGUAGAGAGUUGGCAAGAGCCAAUCUUUGGACUUUCUGCCAGGACAAAGAUUAGUGGCCGUUGUAGAGAGGUGGCCGUUAUUGGAGGUUCGACUGUACUACAUGUAUACAAACUAUUUAAAACUAAAUCAUAGUAUACCAUAGUCAUAUCAAUCUAUUAUUUUCGUUAUUAAUUUUGGAUCUUAUUGAUUGCCCACCCUGUUUUCUAGAAGUGAAAGGAUUUUUUUAUAUCUGUGUUUUCUUCUCUACACCUUUCUUUUUGCUUCUCCUUUUCUCUUUAUUGUUGCAUGUGUAAAUGACUUUUUGUUACUUUGCUUUCUCCAGGAGUUCGAGAAGUUGCAGAGUUUGGACCGAUGGCAGGUAUUGCAGGUGCUGCUCUUGGCCUUGCAGUUUGGUGCCAUCAGCAACUGAGGUAUAAUCAAACUUUUGGUUCAUAGAAUGAUAGAACAUGUUACACUAGCUCAAUUUCAUCAGCCAGGCAAACAAUGGCACCUUGCUAAUGGUUUUUAUUUAGCUUAAUGUUAUUCACAUCAAAGAAGUUUACUCUUUAGAGGAGUAUUGUGGUUAGCUGGCAUGUCAGCAUGAUGACUUACACUUGAACAUUAAGUUGUCAUUGUAAUCAGCAUCCUUUUAUUUUCCUUUUGAAGUUUUCAUCAGCUGCCAAUGGUGGCUACAAUGAAUAGUCUUUUACUAACUAUUAAUAAUUUUACCUCAGGUUAUAGCUUUCUUGUAAUGUGAGAUUAUUGAAACAAUAAAAGCACUCGGCCUGCGGCCUCGUGCUCUCAUCUGUUUGUCGGUGUCUGGAACCCCUGAUGAAACCCUUGCACUCAUUUUUUGACAUAUUACAUCAUAACUGUACUGUAAGUCACAGUAUAGCUUCAAGUUUAUACCGUGGAUUUCUCCAUUCCUUUCCACACUGAACAGGCCAGAUGAAAUGUUUCCAAGUGUGUCCCCAUACAUGUCUGAAGAUGAUCUGGUAAACCACUUAAAGAGCCAACUCCUGUUGAUAGCAAAACAAAGAGGUUUGUGCAAAUCAGUUUCUUCAUUGUGCAUUCGUGGCAUUUGAUUUUAUUGUCCUUUUGCCACUAGCCCAGAUCUUACUAAUGUUAAUUGCUCCAACUAGCAACAAUCAAGCUACUUGUAGGCUGUCCCAGUGUAUAAUGUUAUAUUAUUGUUUUUCGGUGGGAUAGUACUUAAUACUGAACAGGGCUCAAAAAAAGUGCCAUCUAGUAGUCCUAUACAAGUUGAUUUUCUUGCUGAACAAGUAACCUUUAAAGCUUGCUUACCCAAUGGGCAAGGGUCAGAGCAAGUCAUCCUCUAGCAAUAUCAUUAACUAAGAUGACCAAGAAGUAGCCCUGCAGGCAAGCAACAUGUAAUAGCUACUACUUGCCCAAAGGACAAGCUGGAAUUCAAGUCUUUUCUGAGCCCUGUGAAAGUUUAUUUUUUAUGAGAAUGAUGUUAAAAUAAAAAAAAAUUGGUUAAAUAUUUUGUUUGAAGGUGUAACUGAAGUCCAGCCUAGAGUUUUGAUAAUUGGUAGCAGUGGUCGUUGUGGCAGUGGAGCAGCAUAUAUCUUGGAAAGAGUUGGAUUGCCAAGGUUGGUGUUGAACCAGUCACUUUGUAAAAUGUUGUGCAAAUAAAAUGAUUAUGUCAAGUGGAAGACCUGGAAAGUUUUUACAUUUAUUUUAAGUUUUCAUUUUGCAGGCCUGGGAAGUUGUAGAAUUUUACUAAAUUAUUGGUCCUUGAAAAUGAAAAUUACAUUUUUGUUUAAUAGUUCAGUUACUGCAUAUUAUAAAGCAAGGAUAAUGUAACAUUGUGACAAUAAAGUAAUUAAACAAGGUGAAUGGCAAGCAUUUUGGUGAACACUAGAGUUUGGUCUGUUGAACUGUUUUAUGCCAAAAAUACCCUAGGUCAGGGAAGUUUUGAACAUUUUCGAAAACAGCUAAACCUAAGGUCAUGGAAAACUGGAAAAGGUAAUGGAAAAAUCCAUGGAAAGUCUUGGAAAUUGAAGAGCUCAUAAGAGUAUGAACCCUGGGAAGGAUCCCUGCAUUGUUCAAACCUAAUAACCAAGAACAUAUCAUUUUAAAUAUUCCAUUUUAGUGGUCCAUCUACUGCCUUAGAAUACUUAAGUGAUUUUUGACAUAAUGAAAAUAAACCUCCAAAUGCAAGACACUUAUGCUGAUUGAAAUGUAGCUUACAUGCAAUAAUCUGAUACUCUUAUUUCCUGAAGUGAGAAAAUUGUCAAGUGGUCAAGGCAAGAGACACAUGCUGGGGGUCCUUUUCCUGAAAUCUUGGGUUUUGACAUUUUUGUCAACUGUAUCUUCUUGUCAAAGGUAGGAACAUACUGCUAACCUCAGCAACUUAAUCUAGGGAAAACAUUUGUGCUGUAAGGGCGCAGGAUGUGGCUUGAAUCUUUGAUUUCACUUGGAUGGGCUAUCACGUAAGCAGUUACAUAGUUUUUUUCUAUGAUAAAAAUCAGAAUUGACUUCAGCCCUUCUAGUAAUCCACAUUUAACCCUUAUUUGAGUAAGGUGGCUGCAAAAUUAAAGCUACUGUAAGCUGUCAAGCUUACAGUAUCCUCCAGUUAAAGUUACACUGGGUAUCCUCCUGUCAAGCCUACAGUUAUCCUCCAAGCAGUACCUAAUCAUGAAACAUUUGGCGAAAACUUGAAAUGAAGUUGCUGUCUUAACAAAUAAGUCUCUUAAAAACUUUGUUAUUGCCUCUUACCUCUCUUCAUGAAGCCUAGCUAUUAAUUUGUUUUAGAUAUUUUGUCACUGACUGUAGUAUAGCUAUUAAUUUGUUUUAAAUAUUUUGUCACUGACUGUGGUAUUGAUAUAACAAAAUUAAACCUUUAUUUUAUACAGAAAAUUCCACCUUUCUUGACAAGAGAUAUGUUACUUAACAAUACAAGGUAUGUUGAUAGUAUUGCCACCUGGUAGUUACUUCUAAAGUGCAUUUAUAUUUUAAAGUAUUCUGAGUAUCAUUAAUAAUAUUGUUCUUUUUUUCCCUCAAAAUUUCAGGAAUUUGACGGUCAUUUCAGACGUGAGCUGUGACUGUACAAGCCCUGAUAAUCCACUGCCAAUUUAUGAAACAAUCACAACAUUUUUGCACCCGACACAUCGAGUUAAUCUGGGGUAUGGAUCACCAUUCAAUAGCAAAAUUUUAUAUUAUUUUGAUGUUUUGAGUUUUAAUUAAAUAAUGUCAGCAACAUACACCCUUCCAAUCAGCUAUAAAAAAAGUACUACUUCUAUAGAUUAAUAACAGUUUUACACAAAACCUCUCCAGCAGUACUUUUAUGUGGAUAUUGUUUGGUUUGUUCGUACAGGACAGAUUUUGUUCAACACUUUCUGUUAUUCAUCAGUCGGUAUACACCUGUAUAUCAAAACUAAGACCACGACUUGUGAACUGCUCUUUGAAUCAUUGCCUCUGUUUUCUCGUCAGGCCAAGUGCAAAACUCCUGGAUGUCGUUGCCAUUGAUCAUCUUCCUUCUCUCCUGCCCAAAGACAGUAGUGAUAAAUAUGCUGCAAAACUUCUGCCGUUCCUACUUAAACUUUCAGAGGUACGUGUUCCCCUCUGUACAAGUUAAAGGGGUUCUCAUCUUUUUGAAAAGCUUAAAUGUGUCCUCGCAUCAAUUGAAUUUCAAAAAUACUGGUCGUGUUUUUUUUUGUUUUAGACUAUAUUUAGGCAUAGAAACUAUUUCCUGUCAUCUGUUGCUAAGGAUGGCAAGGAUGGACGUGGAUUGAAACUUGAAGAAGUUAGGCCAACUUUUUCAAGUUUUAACGCCUUGCCUGCAAAAAUCUCCAGAAAAUAGUAUGAUUGGUCAAUUAAGUCGCGAUGUUAUUGGUCGUCUGUCAGUUAAACCGUGAUGUUAUUGGCUAUGAAGACUCGCAAUGUCAUUGGUGCGUUUCGAUUAGUCUAUUAGGGACUUUAAGAUCCAACGACGCGACGGCAACGAGAACGUCGGUUAAAAAGUGAAUUUUCGUUCUUUCAUUCUUUAUCGCAAUUAUUCCUACCCACUUACUUUGUCAAAUGUAGGCGAACCCUCCCAGAAUUGAAUUCCUAGGGACCAUAAUCCAAGUUCAGAAAGAGAAAUUAAAUUUCGUCGUUGCUUGUUUACGUUCUCCAUAAAACGCGAAAUUAGGCUUUUUCACGUCGUAGUCGUGCAAAAACGAGAAUAGAAAUGUACAAACAAGUGUGAUGCACGUGCAAAGUUGUUGUUUUGAGAAUAGAACCUUUUUUUUUGACGUUCCUGUUGCCGUCCGCGUCUUUGGAUCUUAAAGUCCCUGUUGUCCCAGUUAAACAGUCGUUUAUUGUUAGUCAAAUUGUCGGUUGUCACGUCAUUCUCUCGAAGUUGGUUUUGCUUGAUUCCGUCAAUAAGUCGUUCGUACGGUGCUGGUAACUGUUGACUUCGUUUCAGGGGCGUUUGUUCUCAGUUAGUAAACCGAUUAACUACGAGAGAAUGACUGGACAACCGACAAUUUCACUAAAAUCGCGACUUAAUUUGUCAAUAAGAGCAGUAACCAAAGUUAGAUACCAUCAACUGACUCGAUGAUCAACUGAAGAUGACUACCGCACAGGUUGUCGAAGCGUCAGUCACUGUCAACAACAGUCCUAUUCAGGACUACGUUCACCGGACGGUCAUACUGAACCUACUUAUAAAAUGACCCCAGGGUUCAAACCUUUCACAGGUUUAUGAGAAAAAUACUUUGUUCUUUUACCAAAUUUUCUCAACUAAUUUUUAAGGAAAUAUUUGAAGAUCAGUCUGUAGAAUUUGAAUGUAAAUAAUAGGGAGCUUAAGCAACGACGACGGCUAAAAGCAGUAGGUUUAGAUUGGCAAAACAACAACUUAGCCAUCACGUUUUUUUGUACAUUUCUUUGCCGUCACUGCACGACUACGACGUGAAAAUUCCUAAUUUCACGUUUUGUGGAGGACGAGAGCACAAGACAACUACUUUGUUUUUCUUUUCCUCAACUUCGAUACCGUCUUUUAGAAUUCAACUCCAGAAAAAAAUUGCCAACAUUUGACGAAUUGAAUGACAUGGAAUUAUUGGAAUAAGCGCGACAAAGUUGGAAGAAGCGCAAAUUCACUUUUUAAGUGACUUUUUGGUCGCCGUCGUUGUUGCUUAAGGUGACUCGACCCAGUUUUUUUGGGGAGGUACCAUCCUACUUUGAAGCUCUCUGGUAUCCCCACCUUUACUUUUAUCGUAAGUCUAACACAUAGAAUGGAUAACAUAAAGAUCAAUCUACAAUAUAACAAAAUUUUUGGCGAUCGGAGUAAAUGUCACGUGGUUAUAAUGCCACGCCCCUUUGAGGUCUGAGUCGAAAAUCGGCUGUUGCCGGCAUUUUUUCGUGAAAAUCUCUCGGCUACACGUAGUGCGCAUUAGUGCCUUGCGCUGAACAGAGUUUCACCAAAAUCGCAAAGACCCAAUUCGAAAAAUUCUGCGGUUUCCAAAUUUAGGUCAUAAUUUAUGCGAAAAUGAUAAGCAAACUUUACACGGAUUAUAUAUAAUAAACUAUGAGAUUCAUCUCUUUAUUUUGGACAUCGUUAUAACAGAUGGGUGCUCGCAAGUCAGCAAAACGCUUUAGGGCCUUGUAAAUGCGCGCGAUUUCGAGCAAAGCAAACAUAUAGAAAUUAUAGUUUUCGCUAUUUGUUGAUGUUUGUCAGCGUUUAAGAGUCCUUCUCACGAAAAAAGCAUUUUCUUAAAAAUUCGUAGUUUUUUUUCCUUCAAAUUUUUUCAGGGCCACAAUUGAUUAACUAACUACCCGGACUCUGAAUUUCAUGGUCAUUGAAAAACUGUGACAUUAUCUUCUAUAAGCCCAAACUUGAGUAAACAUUGAAGAUUUUUAGCGUUUUGGCUGAGUUUGUGCUUUGGGAGUUGUCUAUUGUUUCUAGUCUGUCAUGAUACAGCAUUCUUGUUCAGCACGCGUGCAAUGACCGCGCUUGGCUGACUUCCGAAUGCUUAUCUAUUCCAUGUGUUAGACUUACGAUAAAAGUAAAGGUGGGGAUACCAGAGAGCUUCAAAGUAGGAUGGUACCCCCCCAAAAAAACUGGGUCGAGUCACCUUAAGCUCCCUAAUAAGGCUUAAAGGGUUAAAACUCAUCCUUUUGUGCAUUGUUUAUGUUUAGGCUGAAACCUUUCCCGCUUGGGUAAGGGUCAAGAAUAUUUUCCGUGAGAAAGUAGGCGAGGCUCUGGCUGGCGUUGAAGUGCGUCCACGAAAAGAAUCGGUAGCCAAAGAUGAAGCUGAAGCGUCAUCGUCAUCAGAGGAAGACUAAUAGAGAUCUUUAGAUUAUCUAAAGACGAAGACGACUACGAGUACGAGAUUUUUUCAAUACUAAGUAGUGCGCGCGCGUAAAUCGGCGUCACUUUUGGCGGGAAAACGUGAUAUCAUUCUAUCACGGGUUUUGGCGAGAAUGUCGUACUGGCGGAGAAAGUUAUCAAAUGUUGGAAUUUUUCUUAUUUUGUGAUCGGGAGAAGGCUUAACCUCGUUCAAUAAAAAAACCGUACUAACUUUUCUGGUUAAAAAAAGUUCAAUAAAGCUUACCGGGGUGUCUUUCUUUUAGAAAACGCGAAAAAAAUAAAAUUAAGUUAGAUCUCGUCCUCAUAGUUGUGCUCCGAUCUAUUAAAGGUCCCUAACACAAGGAUGUCCACCCUGGUCCCAGAGAUUUUUCUUGAAGUUUUUCUUCACGAAAGAGAGAGCUAGCCGCGAAGCGGCAAGUAGAGAGAGAGAAAAACGCUUCGCGGCUCGCUCGCUCUCUCGCGCGCGAAGAAAAAUUUCAAGACAAAUCUCUGGGGCCAGGGUAAAGGAAGUCUCGCUGUACAUGAGUUACUUGAAUAUUGUGUGAAAGUUAUUCCGUGCUAGUUUGGAAAAAUGCUAAUAAAAUUAAUAUGUAUCAAUGAUAAUAUAAAGAUACGAAUUAUACAAAUUUACUUGUCUUGGUGUACAUGUUUCAAGCUACUUUUUGUUGAGCAGUAAAAUGAUAUCGAUGUUAUUAUUGGUCUCUCAAAUGAUUUGUUGAUACCUCUGUUUGGGGUGAAAAUGAGUUCCACGCUCAUAAUUACUACGUAUAUUUUACAGGGAUGUUCUCCCCUGUUCUAGUCCCUUAGGACUUCUUCUUUGUGUUUGAGUACCCUUUGUGAUGUACAUAGUCGUACUUAAAAUUUUCUAAGAAAGGCGAAAAUUCAAAUCUCCGUGAAAUUAAGGUAGUGGUGUGCUUUUAGAAAGCCCGGUAGACGCGAAGGGAAGAGUUGGUGACAAGGCAUGGUGAAUUAAAGAAUGUUAACUUUUCAUCAAGUGAAAUAGUUUUUCAUAUAUUCACUGGCCUUAAAAUUCAACAUCGCAUUUAAAUAUUUGCGAAUAAGUACGCUACUAAUCGGCACGAUCCAGUUCAUUGUACAGUCCUCUAGCGAUAGUAUGCAACACUGUUUGUCACAAUGGGCAAGCAACCCUUCUUGAUCUCACGGGUCUCCUGUGGCUCAGUGCUAGAGCAUCUGGAUCUAGACUAGUAUCCAAUUCAAGAGCUCGGAUUACUAUUUUUCUGCGACAGCUUUGCCACUCAGUAUAAAAAUAAAUGCCAUUAAAAUUCCCACCCCUCGCCUGCCACGUAGGCUGCUAUGCCAGCGGCGCGCAACGGUUGGUUAGCCUGUGGUAGACGAGUCAGUAGAUACUUUGUGUAAGCCUUGUCCGACUUGUGCAUGUUUUCAAGCACGAGUGUUUGUGUGUGGCGCGCGGUCAACCCCUUUCUACGUUUAUAAUCCACUAUGUUCGGUUAACUUGUAGACAAAUUAAAAAAAAAAGAAGCAUUAUUCUUGCAUUCAUGGAUUGUUGUCAUAUUUGGCUUCGCGCCGAGACGAAACCAAACGAGCAACGUAGAGCCUUGACGCCGGACAAAUGCAGACUUCUUCUGGAGAAAGGUACUGCAUAAGCUUGUAAGCAUAUAGGACGCCGUCGCUGCCCAAAAGGGUGGAUAUGCAAAUUUUCUGCUUUUGAUGCUGAAGUAAGCGAAAUAGUGGCACCUUCUCACUUCAAAUACAUUUUUUGUAGCCUGCAAAAUUGCGAGGUCCGGGGGACUUUAGGAAUUUCUGGGUGGGGAUGUGCCGCUGGAACCCUCAACCUAUACCAGAGCUAGUUCAGCUGAAUUUUCCUACCCUAUACUAGAGUUAAGUCUCCAAAUCCCCCUAUCAUAGAGUAGCUGUUUUCCAGAAAUUACUGAGGUCACUAGCACAGUAGUCUAGCCAAAAAAACCCUUGUAUCACAACCCACAUACUAAUAUAGCCCAUAUAUGGCAGUACCCCCCCCCCCUCGGGGGGAGGUGGAGUGGGGGAUUGGGGGAGAAAAGCGCAGAAGGUAAAAGGCAGAGGGAGGAGUGUCUCCUAUAACAGCGGGUGGUUUUGCAGCGUGGCCGAGUGGUCAGCGCGUCGGACUCGCAAUCCGGCGGUCCCGGGUUCCGAGUCCCGUUCUGGCCACUUGCUGGAUUUGUGCUCGGUCGUCCCGAGUUCAAAUAAUUUCUCGGCCACGCUUGUAAAUAGCCAACUGGUUGCCUUCUGCCAGUUGGGGUUUUUAAUCCUGUUAUGUUGUAUUUGAAUUAUUUGUUUCUAAAUAUUUGAGUGGAGUACCUGUAAAUUAGCUGACUAGCUAAGUGCACCUUCCACUAUAAAACCAAUCUCCUAACUAAUCCGAUAGCCUCAACUGUCAGUAUGUGAUCAAUCACAAGUAGGGGGGCUCCUCAGCAGGGGCAAAAUUACUUUCUUUGUCAGAAAUUGUUAAGUCCAGGGGCGUUUUUCAAAUGAUAUCAUAAUUGAGCAAAACAGAACAGUUUACAGUUUUCUCAGCAAACAUGAAAAACAGUGAUCGGUUUCUCGUGAGUAAAGAAAAUUUUUUGGUCUUGCCUUGAGCAUCAAAUAGUCGUAGAAAACAGAACAUUUGCCAGCCUGGGGCGGGAAUAAUUUCUGAAAGGAGAAGUAAAAAUAAAUUAUUGUGGAAAAGCUACCCAUGGAUAAUUUUUACCAAAGCUUCAGCUCUGAAUUCACAAACCAUACAGAAGUUCAUUUAAGGCAGUAUAUUGAUUUUAUGGAAAAGUCACUUGUCUAGCCUAUAAAAUUCCCCAAAUAAUAAUUGUCUUGUAGAUCAGUAGUUGCAUUGAAAUGUCAAGCAUGCUUGACAAGUAUCAUCGCUCGUCGUUUGGACAAAUCUAGUAUCCAAAACCACCAGAGCAUCGCUGUCUGCCAAACAACAUUGGAAAGCUGGUUUUAGUUUGGUUUUAAUGUCAAGUCGCUACUGGAUUGGCAUAUGUAAUUUUGAUAUUUCCCUGUUUCCCUAGUCUAGACUAAAAUCUUCACCCAAUUGAUUAGUUUCCUGGAAAAUGAAAUAUGAAAUCCUUGUUCUGGGUCCUCAGUUGUCAGGAUUUGUCUUUGUACCAUUUGCUGGCUUGUUUAAAAAACCAUGGAUUGUUAGGACAAGAUUUCGUCUUGUCAUCUUUAUGUUAAUGACCUUUAUUUCAUUUGACACUUUAUUUCCUCUAUCACUGUUUCAAGGCCAUGUUGAAUUGGUUGUUGGAAAUUAUUUCACCCUAACACCUGGUGCCCCAGAGGAGAAGGCAUGUAUGGCUGAGCGGUUAGGACCUCAAACUCGUCACCUAUUUUUUACCUUAAUUGUGCCCCAGCACAAAGUCAAUGGCUAUCUGUUGUACAAAGAGGGUUCAUGAAAGGAACAAGGAACCCUCUUAGAUUUCCCUGCUUGCUUUUAGAUGAUCUAGAUGUUAUAAUUUUUUUAUUAGGUUUUAAAGUCACUGUGGAAUUGUCGGACCAGUGUGUGUUCAAGGAUGAGGAAUUUCAAUGGUUGGUGAAUAUUAUCAUAUAGGUUUUAAGUUUUCACAACAUACAUAGCCUGUGAAUACAGCCAUCUGUCCUUGCUCCUCACUGCUAAGGAACAUUUUGCAGGAAAGAAAUGUGCACCUUAUCAACAGGAAUUCCAUACUGAUGAUGUAAAUCACAAUGUUUUCAGUUUAGAUACAUAAUUAAUCCGGGAGUAAUGGAGUUCCAACUCUUAAUUUGUUCGAUUUUAUGUUUCUCCUGGUCAAUUAUGUUAACGUUUUGUGUUCUUCUGUGAAUGAGCUUUAGCAAAAAUCAAAUGCUUCUUCAAAAGAAGAAUAUAUUGUAUUAAUAAAUUGACUUUUUUGUAUUGAAUUCAGUGCAUUUACAUUUGACCUUUAUGGCCUUUUGUCUUUCGUCUGUCAUUUGUAAACAAUAUCUAGAACAAGGUAUAUAACUACUAUAUGUCGACCAAUCAGAGCUCCCGACCAGGUUCCAGACAGAUUUUACAUCAUCAGUAUGGAAUUUCUUUUGCUGGUGCGUAGACGGCUGUAUUUGUAGGCUACAUUUCAAACAACCUCAUGCCUGAACUAUUAAACUAGAAGUAAUCACGAUGCAUUGAUUUUUAAGUGUGUUUAUCUGUAUAUAACUAUAUUGUUUUGUUCUGACCAACAAACACACCAUUCUUAAGACAAUCUGCUUUAUAAGCACUCUUCUAAUAUUCUACUCAUGAUUAUUUUGCAGUAUUCCAGGCGUCAACAUGGUUCCCAGUGGUUCAUGGGUCGGUGCUCCAAAAGAGGCUGUUAUUUUAGGGCUUAAGGAGUUACCUUCCAGCGAGGAUCCAAUAACACAGAGGCACAUCUUCUUUGCUCAUGCUUAUAAGGUGGGGUGCCUAGAAAAGUGUGUUUUGUAUUUACAACUAAUUAUUGAUUAGUUAUUGUGAUCAUGUAGGAAAGUGACUCUGAUAUGUUAUAUCUCAUUUCUUUGAAAUUAACUUCUCCUCUCUUCUUCCCACUCACCAGUCAUUAUAGAAUUUAUCUGAGAUCAGGCUCUAUUUUUUUUUGCUGCGUAAAUUGUACAGUGAAUAUAUGGAGGCUCCUAUUAAAUUAUGCCUGAUCCUUGGUCUUGCAAACGCAUCUUUUCUUUGUUUGGUUAUCUAUAAACUGCAUCAUAAGAUUACAAGAAAUUUGUUUCAAUCACUGAUUUGUGCCUAGGUCUCUUAUAAAAAGUGGAAAUAAUGUUACAGGCCAUGCAGGCUGAUGGUUCAUAGUUUGGUGCUUCAGUAUGUCAGCUUGAGCUCAUCAUUUUAAUCUCUUGAAAGUUAAAAAGGUUUUAAUGUAAAAAAAUUUAUCAUUUCAAGAACCAAACAGGCUGGGCAAAGUUACUCCACCGUUUCAUCAAAGGAGGGGGAAGUAUUUUGGAUAUUGAAUUUAUGACUGAUGAAAAUGGUAAGUGAUGCUUGAGCAGAUUUUGGAUCCUAUUCGAUAAUUUUAGCAGAAAUUUGUGCUUUCUCCUACAAAGACAAUCACAAAAUAAUUUAGUUAACAAUUUUGAAAGGUUAGGCUGCAAGAAAUUUCCAUCAAACCCUGAGUCGUAUAUUAAUCAAUUCUGAUCCCCCUGGGUACAAUAACUAACUGAAUUCCAUGAAAUCUGAAAUUUGUAACAUUUUACUGAUGCUGGUACAGUGUUCUUACCAGGAUUUUCUACCCUGGGGUCCACAGGACCCAUGGAGAAGCUAAAAGGGGGUCAUGAGGGAGAAAAGCGGGUCACAAGUUUUAGAUACAGUUAACUCGACGUUUUACCAACAGGUUUGAGUUAGAGUAAAUACCUCGUACUUUCUUAGAUGAUGAAUAUCCAAUUUUUACAUACUGAGUUUACUCGACAUUUUACAGCUCUGAGUUAGAGUAAAUGCAUCAUAACCAAUUAAAUUUUGGCUUUUAUAAUUAUUUAUAAGGAAAUGUACGUAUUUGUAUGAGUGUUUACGUAUGUUUUGUAAUAGUUUUUUUUCCUUCUUUGCGCCCUUGGGACCCCUUGGGUUAAUAAUAAUUAUUAUGGUACAGCAUUCCCCAAAAAAGUGCAGCAAUGCCACAAUGCCGUGGUCUGCUAAGAACACUGGCUAGUGUCAUUGGAGUUCCUGAUAAAUGUAAGAUGGAAAUAUUUUCUAUGCCCCUCUGAGGAAACAAGCUGUGCCCCACCAUAUACUACUGUGAGUGUAUUUGAGACAUCUUUUUCAAUAUGGUAAUAUUUUUCUUGUACCUGAAUUUAUUUGAAGGAAGAAGAGUUGUGGCUGAAUUCAGUGGAAUGGCUGGACUUGGUGGAAUGGGUGUAGGAAUACUGGCCUGGUGCCACCAACAAAUCAGGUAUAAAGGAAAUAAAAAAGAUUAGGUCUAAGAAUAGUGCACUGAGGUUCUUAUUAAGUUUUAAGGGGCUAAGUUUCAGCCACAACUGCUUUCAUAUUCUCAAACUAAUGCUAAGGGUCUUAAUUUACAACAUUUACAAAUGGGUAUGGGGUCGCUUCCUUUUCUAUAAUAAUAUCAUUAUCUUCAAUGAGUCAGACCUUCUCAUAGCUUUGAUUCAUGGCCACAUAGGAAUCGUUGGCAGUUCUGUCUCCAUAGCUAACUUAUGCGAACCACUCAGAUACAACAUUCCACUCUUUCUGUGACCAACUUAAGUGUGUUCCAGAAGGGGGUGGGGUUGGGAGAGCAACAGAGGAUCUGUGGGAGGGGUUCUUGAAAUAUGGCCCUAGAGGAAGGGAUGGUGAAUGGUAAAAUCCAAAAGAUUCCGCGACCCUUGCUUAAAAAUCUAAACCUUAAAGUUUGUCUUGAGAAAAAAUGUUAAAAGAAAUGGAAGGCUGAAUAAUUAUGAUCCAAGAUGUUAGUUGUGCAACACUGUCUUUAACAAUUUCCUUGCUCAAUUGUAUGAGUUGUGCUCUUGAACUCUGAGAUCUUUCAGCAAAAGAGAUUUGGAGACUUUAAGAUCAGCUAAAAAUCAUGCAAAAACCAGACUUUGCGAUGUGGCCAAAAUUUUCCAAGACCCAGGUUUUUUGAGGUCACUACCAUUCUCUACCCCUUUAUAUGAGUCCUAAUCUAUCUCCUUUAACUAUUAAGCACAUAUAUAUAUAUAUAAAUAUUCUAGUAUUAGCAAGAGAUGUAACUUGUGUUUAUGGGAAAAAUAUUUUAUUAUCUGUAAACCCGAAAUGUCAACCCUGAACAACAGAAGCGAACUGAUAUCUAAUUGUAGACAUUCUAAGAAAUUCCUCUUGAAGAACGUAUUCGCUUAGCAACCAAUCAUAUUUCUGCAUGUCACGCCACUACGCAUUGUCCUGUAUUUUCAAAUUUUGUACAUCUUCAUAUGUAUCCGUUAUUUUUGGCAGUUGCCUGAUGAUUGCUCCGCAAGGAGCAUGAAACUCUGAGUAGCAAUAAAUGUCUUCGACCAAAUAAUCCAACUCUGCAAAUGUACACAUCGCUCUAGUUUACCUGUUGAGCACUUUAAUAGCUGAUGAAAUCUGCAAUUCAUUAUAUUACUAUAUUAUAUAUAUAUAUAUAUAUAUAAGGAGAAUCUUGCAGUUUAUAAAAAGUGACCCAAGGCUUACUCAUAAUAAUGAGAAUAAUAACACUAAUAUUUAUACAGGAUAACCUGUUAGUUCUAUUAAAAAGAACUGUUACCAAAAGGGUCCAGGCCUGCCUUCAAUAAUUACAGCUGCCUGCGGCAGCUGGCCUCUGUUCUUUUAAAGGCUUGAGAGCCAUGUGAUAUGUGCACAAUACUUACAUCAUUCAUUUAUGACAAGCAAGUAAACUAUAACUCAAGAAGAAGACUUUUUUGUCUUUCCUUUUACAAAGAACAUGAAGCCUGGCAAAUGAAAGACUUGUAGUUUAUAUUGGAAACUUUCAGUCAGCUUAACGUGGGUAGGUACACUAAGGGUAAACUUCAUGUGCUGGAGUCGUAAAAAAUCAAAUCAUAUCAAAUCAAAAAAAUGCUGUAGUUAUUCCCUUUUGCAUGUGUUGGUGUAUAUGUUGCAGUUAAUUUUUUAUUUUAGGUAAUUUUUGUUUUUCCUUUGUCCCAAAUUCAUUAGCAUGUAUUGCCAUACCCAAAAACAAUGGAAAAAUAAGAAUUAAUUGAGAUAAUAAAUUAAGUACAAAAUAUACAUAGCUUGAUAGCUUCACUGACUUAACCAAAAUUGGGCCAGGAUAAACUUACUUUAUUACUUAAAUAAACACUAUUGGUUCUUGCUGCUGUUAUUAUGAUAAACUCUGGUAUAUUAAGCUUGAUAGCUGGUUGACUCCUCUUUCUCUCUUUCCAGUGCUGAUAAGCCGAUGCCUGCAGUAAAACCAUAUGACAGUGAAGCUGCAUUCAUUGAUCACAUCACCCAGCAGCUCAAGCAAGUUGCAAAGAUAGAAGGUGAUAAAUUAGGUACUUAAAUCAAUGAAAAGGGUGCAUCAUGGAAUAAGGCCAUGAUAGGUGACUCCUGAUUGUACUUUAAAUUAUUUCUUCAGUUAAAAGCACAUUUAAGGCAAACGGAAAGGAGAAGCUAUUAUCAGAAGUCUUUGGGGCUUUUUGCCAGGCACUCCUUUAAUUCCUGAUCUAAUGAUCAAUGUUUUAUCAUGACAUUUCUUUUACUGCUGUAAGUACUAAGUUCAUCAUCAUCAUCAUCAUCUCACCAAUUUUUUCCUAAAUUUGUUCUUUUUUUCCUUAUCAAAUUUAAUAAGCUUUAAAAUAGUUAUCAUGAUUACAAUAUCCUGAUGGAUUGUUUGGCAAGCACACCGCCGAUGGGUAUGUCAUUGCUUUAUUAUAAGAACCACUUUUCCCUUCAGGUGUUCCUGAAGUAUUUCCACGCAUCAUAGUGAUUGGUGCUUUGGGUCGCUGUGGUAGAGGAGCCUUAGAGAUGGCCAACAAAAUUGGAAUUCCAAAGUAAAAUCACAGUUUUGUGAAUUUACGGUUGAAGUAUGUUUCUUAAACCGCAUUACUUCAAACAGUAUCCCAAAGCAAAAUUGUUACCUGAUCUAGGCCUUGAUUGUUACAGGUCUGCUAUUAUGGAAUGGGAUUUAGAUGAAACCAAGGCUGGAGGACCAUUCAAGGAGAUACUGGAUUUUGACAUUCUUGUGAACUGCAUACUUCUUGCAGAGGUAUUUAAACCUGAUUUUCUAGGGAGCUUUUAAAAGUAAGGACAGUGGUGAUGGCAAUGGGAACAUGUGUCAAAAAAGUUUAGAUUAACAAAACAUUAAAUUUGCACACUUAGCACAGUCCUCCCUACAUUCUUUCAAGGUUGAGGCCAUUGCACACAAUACAGUUUUAGCCUGCCUCCUUCAAUUCUGUAGCUGGACAUCUCUCUAAGGCAACAGUGAUUGCUUGUUCCUGGCCAAAUUUUACUUUUUUGUUGUACAAGUAAACGUUAUCUGAGCACAUUGUAUAGAACUAGUUAACAGUUGCACAUGGGUGAAAUUAUAAGAUUCUUAUAGGCAACCACGGCUCCCAUAAGCAACAACAUCUUUGCAUUUUGGGUGGAUACUUAUGUGAGGUUCGACUGUAUAUGUAGACAAAAGGAACUCUUUUGCAAUUUCUUCAUGCUUUUGGUUAUUAUUGGUUUCAGAAAAUAAGUCCAUUUGUCACAAAAGACAUGUUGGAAACAGAUGAAAGGUAA